AGUCUUGUGCUGGUAGAAGGAAACAUUUCCACAUUAGAAGAUCCACAUUUCCGCAUUAGAACCAUCUUGGGCUGCCUCAGAAGCAGCCUGGAGACGAGAUGGAGUCCAGUCUUGAAGACGCUUCCGUCUUUGUGCCUGCAAGGAGGGGGGCAUAGGCAGCUCCCACAAAUCACACAGAAAAAAAUGGCCAUGGGGUCCCCAAGUUAUGUUUGUGCAGAGUUCCAGUUCUUAUGACCCUGGCACAUCCUGGAGAGUCCAUGGCCUCGGCCACUCACUCGGGUGCUCUCUUCCUGGGGCUGGAAAGGCUGGCUUGAGCAUUGGCCCCAGCAGCACCAAAGGGGGUCUUUUCAAUUCUCCCAUUCAGCUCAUGCCCUUCUCCCAGCACCCUUGUCAAAGACCGGUGCAUCUUGGUGUGCCAAUGUGGAGAAACAAGAAUAACUCUUGGGAAGCCAGGCAGCUCCUGAACUUUCCCAGCUUGUGUUCCUGUGAGGACUCUGGCCACAUUCCCACAAAACCAAGUCUGGAACAUUGUGAACUAACCCACCGUUUUCACUUACAGAAGGGACACACCCUGUUGUGCUAAAAACUAGUUGGCGAACCACAGUCAGCAGCUUAAUGCAACAAAGCAAUAACUAAAUUGCAUAACGUCAAACUUCACGGCAGCCUCACGGGUUGUGUGAACUCACCCUCACCAGACCGGCGGCGGAGCAGCGGGCCCAACCCGAGCUCCCUCCCCGCGCGAGGCGGAGCUGCUCCGGAGCGCCUCCCUGCCCGCCCGCGGCGCCCUUCCAGAUGGGCCGGCCCUGCCCGGCCGCGGAGGAUGGGAGCCGAGGUCCGCGCCAGUCGGCUGCCUGCUGCGCGCCGGGAGGGCGGCCUGCGGGGGUCGAGGCGGCUGCGCGCUCACGAGCACGAGCCGCGGGGCGGGCUGGCCGAGCGGCCUCGGAAGCAGCUCGCCUCGCCUCGCCGCCCGAUGGAGGCUGCCCGGCUGCUGGCGCUGCUGCUGGCGCUGCUGAGCUUCUGCUCCGCGGCCGAAGAUUCCAGCGCCGCCCCGCCGGGCUCGCCGGCCCUGCCCGCCUGGACGCCCGCCGCCCAGGAGCCGCCUGAAGAAGCCUUCGAGGCCGCGCGGGGCGAGUCGGGCGCGGUGCAGCCGGUGGUGGGCAUCAGCCAGAGGGUCAAGACGAGGCCGGGCGAGAAGAAGGACCUGGGCACGCUGGGCUACGUGUUGGGCAUUAUCAUGGUGGUAGUCCUCAUUGGCAUCGGAGUGGGGAUUGUGGUGGGAUACCUGUACAAGAGGGGCAAAGAUCUAAAAGAGCAGCGGGAGCAGAAAGCCAACGAGCGCGAAAUGCAGCGGAUCACUUUGCCCCUCUCGGCUUUCAGCAACCCGGCCUGCGAGCUGGUAGAGGAGAAUGUCAUUGUGGUGCACACAAACCCCACUCCGGUGGAGGAGAUUCAGGAGGGCAACACUCCACUCAUGGGCCAGGCCGGCACUCCUGGGGCUUGAAGCAGAGGCGCCCCGCUGGACCUCUGAGGCGGACGUCUCUUUGCCUCUCCAUUUACCCCAGGCUCCAUUUGUAUUUUGCUUUUCCAUUUGAAGACAGGCCAGCCGGACAGACAAAGCGCCCAGCACCAGGGCUGCCCUUCCAGCCAGCAGCAGCUCUGCAGGGGGCCUGUUUGAGGCCAGGGGCCGGGUCAGACUUUGGGAGGGUCUGCUGCUGCCUCCGUUGCUUUGGUUGUGGGGCCUGCCUGUUGCCUGAGCAGGGCUUUACUGAAAGCGUUUGUGCAAGGAUCUGAUCCUGCACACAUUGUAGCUGCUGAAAAGGCUGUGCUUCCCUUCCAAGUGGCCACGCCAUGGCCAGCCCUCCAGUCUGGAGCCAGACAGAAACCCCUCUCCCUGCUUCCGGGGCGGAAGUGGCCAGGCCUGUCUGAGCAAAGGGGAAAUGCUGGGGGGCAGCACCGAAGGCCUGGAGAUGGAGAAUCGCCCUGGAAGGGCUUUGGGUAGGGCUGAAAUGGCCGGCCGGUGUCUCUUGUGCCAGCAAGGAAGCAACUCCAGCUAUGCUAUUUUUUUUAAAAAAAAUCUUUUACCACUGAAGGGAGGGAACUGGGACUUGGAUGCCAAAAGCCGAGGUUUCUUACAAGUUCUGUUUAUGCAGGUUUAGAGAUUUUAAAAAAUCUUUUAAAUGCCUUUGGAUACCGUUUAUUUCUAAGUGUUUUGAAUACCUCAUAUCUAAAAAUAAAACUAUUUCAGGUUGUAA